AUGGAGCAGAGAAGUGGCAGACAUGGACUACUUGACACGUUGGAUACAACUUUGCAAGAACAUGAACAGAAAUCUGGUCAUGCCAUUCAUGGCACUGACAGGGUCACAGCAGCCACGUUUGGACUGUCCGUUCAAGUGGUUGAACAACAGUGGCCACACGAAGGCGUCACACGCAAAUGCACUAUCAGGACUUUGAAUGCGCCAUUCACAAACAUUGACAUCUUUGCAUGCAUGCUUUACCUCUCUGUCCAGGCUGGAUGUCAAGUCUUCGCCGCUUGGCCCCUCUCUCCCUGCACCACUGCCCUGUUCAUGGGAUGGGCACAUGUACUUCAGUAUGCCUUGCAGCACCCAACAAGUCCCGAUUCCAUUUGCAGCUUCCUCAAUCCUUCCGGUCCUCCUGGAGAGUGUCUGGUGUGUCUCUGUGCGUGCGUGCAUGUGUUCCAAGUUUGUUCUUAUCCUGUCCGGUCCUGUCUGUCCUGCCUGGUGUGUCGUGCUGUUGUCCCGCAACCUGCUCUAUCUUAUCCCGAGCAUCCGUCUGCCAUCUGCCGUCAUCUAUUUUCCAAGCUCCAGACUCCAACCGGCCAGACUCGACUCUCUCCUUUCUUCCUCCUAUCUUUCCUUCUCCGUGCAGUCCUCCUCCUUCAUUUCCCCCUCAAGACACACAACACAAUUCACAGCUCUCGCACGCUGGCCAACUCGCAGAUAUUCUCUCCAAGGUACGAACAAGCCAUAUUUUAUCACCUUCGCCCUUGUGUCCCAACACCCGCUUUGCUUGUUUAUCUCUCGGCCCCCUCCAAAGUUGUCCCCUGCGUCACGCCGCUCUCUCUCCACCUACCAACCUUCCGACCCUGGGUAGCUCGUUAG